UCUUUAGUGUUUUACCUUUGUUUUACUUCCGAACUUCUUCCGAAAUAUUAUUUUAUAAUGCUGCUUGCUGAUUAGGUCUUAUAUACUCGUUAUUUCUAUGACCUAAACUAGGUACAUAGUACAUAGUGUACUAUCAGCGAAAUGUUAUCCCGUGCGGAUUCUGUCUCCGCUUUUCUGGACAGCGGCAGCGAUGCAGAUCAAGACUGCAGCACGAUCGCCAGCAACACCUUCAAAAUCAUGUGGUCGACGCGCCGGCAGCAGAUAUUCAAGCUGAGCAUUCUGAUCAAUGUUGGCUUUAUCUUGUAUCUAAUGCUGCGCAGUGUUGAGGCGCCGCCCAAAAGCAGCAUAAAUCGCCUCCAGUCGGUAGUCCGAUGCCAUGACCGCGACCCCGUGGCGAGGACGAGGCAGCAUGGAGACUUCUGGGUGCUAGAGAACUUCGUCCAGGCUGACCGCCCCGUCAAGUGCUAUGAGACUGUCACCUUCACUACUCACGCCACUUACGAUUAUUUGGGCAAUAUCAAGCCUCUUGUUAAACGAUGGAGGGCCCCGGUCAGUGUGGCGGUGUUCGCGCCGGGCUACGACCUGGCGCCGGCCGUCCGGAGCAUCCGGCACCUGACGGACUGCUCCGGCGACGACCUCGUCCGCAACUUGGUGACCUUCCAUCUGUUCUUCCCACGAAAACAUAUGCCGGAACAGGUACCAAAACAUGGGUUUUUCCCGAAGCACCCAUAUAAUUGCACUGCAAAGCCGCCGUUCCAAUCCAUAAACCGUUCAGACACGUACAUGAAUAAGAGAAGCAUUAUGUACCCCAUAAACGUUGCAAGAAAUAUUGCGAAAGACACUGCCCUGACACAUUUUAUACUAGCUGCUGAUAUAGAACUGUAUCCAAGUCCCAAUACGGUGCCGAAGUUUCUUAAUAUGAUUGCAAGGAAUAAGCCGCCGCUGUGCAGAAAGAACCCACGGGUCUACCCCAUGCCUGUUUUCGAAAUCGAUGCCAAAUAUAAUGUGCCAUUGUGGAAAAAAGAAAUACAAAUGAUGGUAGCAAAUAAAGUUGCGUUUCCGCUCAAAUCUAACGUUUGUCGGAAAUGCAAUAUGAUGCCGGAAUUAGAUAAAUGGAUGGCCCACAAUGAAUCCGUUCGAAUAGAAGAAGUGCUGGCAGUGAGCAAGCAGCACCAGGAGCACAUGGGGUGGCAGCCGGUGUUCAUCGGCACGAGCGACGACGCGCACUUCGACGAGCACGCGCACCGGACAAGCAAGCAGCAUAGGAGCAUACAGGGCUAUAUCUUCUGCGUGAAAAAUUACGACCUUAUGAUCCUAAGCGAAGCGUUCCUGUGCCACAAGCCAUCGAUUAAAACCCGGGUGAUUGACCAGCCCGAGGAGGAAGAACCGAAGGAGUUGCUCCAAGAUCGUCAGAAUAAGUUCGAUAACGACGCUGUGUUGCCUGAAUUGAUGAAACUGUACGGCUUCAGGCCGCAAUGCAUCAACUACAAGAAGUAUUUCGAAGUUACGUGAGCACUUAAAUCUUCUUCAAGCGUGUCGGUGACCAAUUAUUAUUCAGUAUUCACCGUUUUUAGCAAUUUUUCUUUUGUUUAUUUUUAAUUUGAUCUAGAUUUUAUUUUUAUUAAAUUUUGUUUGUUAACUU